AUUGAUUAGUUUGUCGAAAGCUGUCUCUUCAAUAUGAGGUUCCUACUACUAAGUGCUGCAGUUUUGCUCUUACAGGCUAAAGCGGCCAAAACAAUGCCAUCAGGAUGUUUCAAAUUGACAAUCCCACCAGAAUUGGAUAUAGAUCCAGGUCAUUCUCAACCAUCAAUUUAUGAUGAAUGUCCCGUGGGUUUUCUCCCUAUACCCACUUUAAAAAAACAGAAUAUAACUCUGGAAGAAAAGUAAGAGGCGACGCAAGCAGAAAUAUCCAAGCUUCGGGAAUUUGAUUAUCGUCGUUUGAUUUGAUUAUUUCGGUGGAAGACAUUUGAUUUUACAUUUCGUAAGGGAUGUUUCAAGUCGGUGGAAAGUUGGUCAGUUAUCGCGACAGCCUAGAACUAAAUCUCUCACUAUGAACUAAAUCUCAAUGGGAGAGUUGAAAGCACUUCUUGACCGAUGGUAUUUACUGGGUUGUUCCAAAUCUGCCACUAAAAGUCAAGCAGAACAAAUCCUUAAUUGAGUGCCAUUCAGAAGAAUCUUUGGCCGUAUCAGUUCACCUUAAGUAACCUGCGAAUCGCCUAUAUAAGAUUGGAUCUAACAUAUGAUAUUCUCACUCUGUUAAGAGCUGGCUCUUCAAUAUGCGGUUCCUACUAGUAAGUGCUGCAGUUUUGCUUUUACUUGCCACUCCGGCCAUAACAAUACCAAGUGAUCUUGAGAAUUUGGUCUUACAGGCUAAAGCGGCCAAAACAAUGCCACCAGAAUGUUUCUAUAAUGGAAUCCCAAUACUAGAGGAGGUGGAUCCAGGUCAUUCUGCACCACCAUUUGAUGUAUGUCCCCAGAGUAGGGACUUACAUAUACGGCAAGGCGUUCUGAAGCACGCCAUAUACGAUUUAGAAGAAGAGAAUAAGAUUCUGGAUGAAAAGUUAGAGGCGGCACGGGCAGAAAUAUCCAAGCUUCGGGAAUCGCAACGCGUAAAAGAGGUUCCCAAAGAUGUACCCCCACUCAUCUUAAAACCUGUUCCAUACAAGUAGCUACACCUGAUAGGCCAAUAAAACGCAAAUCGUUAUGGGGAGUUGACAAGACCUUUAAA